UCAGGCGGUGAUGUGAAUGAUGGGGAGCAAUGGGGAGCAGGAGAUGAAGCUUCACUCGUCUCUCACCCGCUGCUCACCUCCUGCUGUGCAGCCCGGUUCCUAACAGGCCAUGGACCACGGCCUGGGGACCUCUGUUCUACCUGUCCUUGCCUACCGACACCACCCUUAUUCACAUGUAGGUCAGCUCUUUCCUGCUUUACAGCAACAGCCUGUCCAGUCCCCUGCAUCCAGCUGCUGCACUCUGGUCUUCUGAGAGCAUUGCUCUCAUCACAUGCAUCCUUGCCAUAGAAUCUUUCAGGGGCUUUCCGUUUCCUGCCAGAUAAAAUCCAGAUCCUUGGCCUAGCUGACACUCAAGACUCACCAUAAUCUCGUGCAGCUCUGCCUACCCUGCCUUUGCUCCCGUAUCAGCCUUGCAGACCUCUCUCCAGCCAGCCAGCCAGCCAGGCACCUUCACUGACCUGAGAAUCAGCCAUACUCAUUCCCAGUGUGAGCUCAUGGCAUUCCUCCCCUGUCCCUGAGUGCCUGCCUUGCUCCCUUUCACCAGCCUCAUUUCUCUUGCCCGCUGUCAAGAUGCAGCCCCAGUCCCCCUGCAGGUCUGCCCCAGUCUUCACUCUUCAUCCAUCUCCUCUUCUCCUGGCUUGCGUGUGGGGUCAGCACCUCGCCAGUGCCCUGGGCUGUAACUGUUGCACGUGCGUCAAUGUCCACCUUGCUCCCCGCACCCCGUGUGAACACCGUUGGUGUUUACUUCAAGCAGCCACUCCCUGUUUCUUAAGCAAGCUCGACCUGCAAGGCACAGGAUUAUACUUGUUUAACCAACUGCGUACUCGGUGUGGCCUCGUUUUCUUCCUGCUCUUUAGAGGAGAGAGCUGUAGAAAUCAGGACAGUUCUGAGAAGACGCCGAGGGUUGGGAUGCGAAGAGAUUGGCCCCUGAGGCCCGUCUAAACCAUUUCUCUGCCCCUCUCUAGCCUCAGUGCAGGUGGCAUGUGUUUUUGCCUUACAUCUCAUCACCCCCUGCUUCGUGUCAGAUUUUUGUCCUGAUGGCUGACUCUAAACCACUCCUCUCCCUUGAUGGGGACCCCGUGGCUGCAGAAGCCUUGCUCCAGGAUGUGUUUGGGAUUGUGGUGGAUGAGGUCAUUCGGAAAGGGACCAGUGCCUCCGAGAAGGUCUGCGAGUGGAAGGAGCCAGAGGAGCUGAAGCAGCUGCUGGAUUUGGAGCUGCGGAGCGAGGGGGAGUCGCAGGAGCAGAUCCUGGCGCGGUGCCGAGCUGUGAUGCACUACAGCGUGAAGACCUGUCACCCUCGUUUCUUCAACCAGCUCUUCUCAGGGUUGGAUCCGCACGCCCUGGCCGGGCGCAUUGUCACCGAGAGCCUCAACACGAGCCAGUACACGUACGAAAUCGCCCCGGUGUUUGUCCUCAUGGAAGAAGAGGUGCUGAAGAAACUCCGGGCCCUGGUGGGCUGGAGCUCUGGGGACGGGGUCUUCUGCCCUGGUGGCUCCAUCUCCAACAUGUAUGCUGUGAACCUGGCCCGCUAUCAGCGCUACCCGGAUUGCAAACAGAGGGGCCUCCGGGCACUGCCGCCCCUGGCCCUCUUCACAUCAGCGGAGUGUCAUUACUCCGUCAAGAAAGGAGCUGCUUUUCUGGGACUUGGCACCGACAGUGUCCGAAUGGUCAAGGCUGAUGAGAGAGGGAAAAUGAUCCCUGAGGAUCUAGAGAGGCAGAUCAGGCUGGCUGAGGCCGAGGGUGCUGUGCCAUUCCUGGUCAGUGCUACCUCUGGCACUACUGUGCUGGGGGCCUUUGACCCCCUGGAGGCAAUUGCGGAGGUGUGCCAGCGUCAUGGGCUAUGGCUGCACGUGGAUGCCGCCUGGGGUGGGAGUGUCCUGCUGUCACAGACACAUAGACAUCUCCUGAAUGGGAUCCACAGGGCUGACUCUGUGGCCUGGAAUCCCCACAAGCUCCUCUCCGCAGGCCUGCAGUGCUCGGCUCUUCUUCUCCGGGACACCUCGAACCUGCUCAAGCGCUGCCAUGGCUCCCAGGCCAGCUACCUCUUCCAGCAGGACAAGUUCUACGAUGUGGCUCUGGACACUGGAGACAAGGUGGUGCAGUGUGGCCGUCGUGUGGACUGUCUGAAGCUGUGGCUCAUGUGGAAAGCACAGGGCGGGCAGGGGCUGGAGCGGCGUGUGGACCAGGCCUUCGCCCUCGCCCGAUACCUGGUGGAGGAACUGAAGAAGCGGGAAGGGUUUGAGCUGGUCAUGGAGCCUGAAUUUGUCAACGUGUGUUUCUGGUUUGUGCCCCCCAGUCUGCGGGGGAAGAAGGGGAGUCCGGAUUACCCUGAAAGGCUGGCUAAGGUGGCCCCAGUCCUCAAGGAGCGCAUGGUGAGGAAGGGCUCCAUGAUGAUUGGCUACCAGCCCCAUGGCACCCAGGGCAACUUCUUCCGCAUGGUGGUGGCCAACCCUGCGCUGACGUGGGCUGAUAUGGACUUCCUGCUGAAUGAACUGGAACAGCUGGGCCAGGACCUCUGAGCCGCUCCUUCUCUCUGCUGGCCUGGACCCCUCCACUGACUCCCACCGUCUCCCUAUAUCCCCUCCCCUGUCCUCAAGAACAGCCUCUCUAGGAAACAAAGCUGUCUUAAUUUUUAUGAAGUAAUUAUACUUUAAACAUUUGACAUUAAGAGAGUGUUUAAAUAAAUGAUAGUAUAUCCAUAUGAUGGAAUAUUACUCUGCCAUUAAAAUUAUGUUUACAAAGAGGAUUUCUAUAUAUGAGAAAAAUAAUUUUAAUAUAAUGUUAUGUUGAAAAAGCUGGAUGUAAGGCUAUAUAUGGUAAUAUCUGAGCUGUGUUCAAAAAUACAUAGGAAAAGACUAACGAGAUGAAAUAUGUCAAAAUGUUAAUAGUUUUCCCUGGGAUGGGAUUAUAGGCAAUUUGAAAGUUCUUUGUACCUUUUGUGUUCCCCCCUUUUAUGAUAUAAUGAAUAUCUGUUACUUUUCAAUAGGAAAAUAAUAAAGUUAAAUUUUCAGCUGUAUUAUUUUGGUUUACUGUGGAGUU